AUGUAAACAAACCCUCCUCUGGCUGAACCGAAUAACAUCACAUAUAACCGAAAACAUGUUUUGUUAGUUUUUGUGCGCCGACAGAGGGUGAGCAGACUCUGUCCGUGAACCGCUCAUCCUCAUGGCUGCUGGGACGCUGCGGGAGCUCGUAUCCGCCGCUGCCGCUGUGCACGCUGACAGAGCAGCGGUCACAUACGACAGCCGCCCGGUGUCAGGGAACCUGGAGUCUCUGUUGUACAGAGAUCUGAUUGACCAGGCCGACGAACUGUCUCAUAUAUUGCGGAAGAACUGCGCUCCCAGUAACGGCGUUAUCGGGCUGUAUUGUGGUGAUGAUCUGCUCAUACCUGUGUGGAUCCUGGGGAUCCUGCAGUCUCCUGCUGCCUAUGUCCCACUGGACCCAGAGGCUCCAGGUCUUCUCUCUGCAAGAGUGAUGAACCAGUGUGGCCUCAAGUACUGUGCUGUGAAGACUGACCUAAUGCAGAGUUUCCAGACAGCUGUCGCCAAACACAUAUCCACAGAGGUGUGUGUGGUGCUGCCCAAGUUUAAACUGACCCUGAUGCGUGUCAAGCUGCUGCCAGCUGCUGAGCACAAACCAGAAACACAACAAAAUGCAGCCCAGAAGGCAGAUGGUGCUGAUCUCUGUGAUACAGCUGUAGUGGAAAAGGACUCCGGGCGCAGGGACUUGGCAUAUGUGCUGCACACAUCUGGAACGACUGGCCUUCCAAAGAUUGUGAGGGUACCACAUAAGUGUAUACUCCCUAAUAUACUGCAUCUCAGAUCGUUGUUUCAGAUGAGCGCAGAUGAUGUGGUUUUCCUGGCCUCGCCCUUGACCUUUGACCCCUCUGUGGUGGAUAUUUUCCUGGCCUUAUCAUCCGGGGCACAGCUUCUCAUUGUCCCUUCUAUGGUCAAGAAAAUGCCCAAUCGACUGGCUCAGCUGCUGUUCAAGGAUCACAAGACGACUGUCCUACAGGUCACACCCACUCUGCUCAGCUGCUUCGGGCAUCGUAUCCUCAAACAGGAGGUGUUGUCUUCUGGCUCCUUGCUGCGGGUGUUGGCUCUGGGUGGAGAGGCCUGUCCCUCGCCAGCUCUGCUGAGGAGCUGGAAGCACGAGGACAACAAAACCCACAUCUACAAUAUCUACGGUAUUACUGAGGUGUCCUGCUGGGCCUGCUGCUACAAAAUACCACAGUCUCUGCUGCAGUCCAGUAACUCACCUUCCAGCACGGUGUCCUCAGUGCCUCUCGGGACUCCUCUGAUGGACACGGUGGUGGAAGUCAGGGAUGAACAUGGCUGCGUUGUUACAGAGGGUGAAGGACAGGUGUUCAUAGGUGGAGAGGACAGAGUGUGUCUCCUGGAUAAUGAGGAGGCUGUUGUCCCUGGAACGAUGAGAGCUACUGGAGACUGGGUGAAUAUUAAAGAUACACAACUGUACUACCUGGGACGGAGAGAUAGGCUGAUAAAACGCCAGGGAAAACGGGUGAACCUGGACAGCUUGCAGCAGCUCAUAGUGAGUCUGCCUCAGGUGGAGGCCUGUGCUGUGGGUUUGUACAAAGGCUUUCGACUGCUUGCCUUUGUCGUGGCGUCCACAUCUGGAGACCAGAGAGCAGCUUCUCCUCUCCCAUCUGUGCAGCAGCAUGUGGAAAAAUCGCCCUCGGCUCUUGCUCAGCAUCAGGAAGACCUCCCUUCUCCUGUAAAACACCACGGGGAGGAGACGAGCGGUGCAGACAGAUCUCUGAGAAGACUGAUUGUGGACCAGCUGUCUCUGCUGCUGCCGUCUCACAGCGUCCCUGACACGCUGGUGCUGGUCCCGGCCUUAUGCCUGACUCCUCAUGGGAAAGUGGACAUGGCGGCACUCAUGAAAAUAUACCAAAGACAGAGACGGUGUUUAGAGUCUUCACAGCGAGAUGUCAGCAAACUAAAGCAAACUCUUCAGUCUUUGUGGCAGGACACUUUAGGUUUACCUGAAUAUGUGACCAUAGAUGAGGAAUCCAACUUCCUGUUGAGUGGAGGAGAUUCUCUGAAGGCGCUGCACCUCUGCGAGGACGUCCUCACUGCCGUGGGAGUCACCUCACCAGAACUUUUGGAGGUUAUACUUGACGGGACCUUUUCUGACGUCCUGCGCUACGUUGCCAGAGUAACACGGAUGCUGCCACUCGAGAACAGCACAUCAUCACUUCCUGAGGCCAGGAAACGGCACGCUGAUGCUCCCUCUGAUGUUCUAGUGAAGAGAGAACGCAAAGAGUCUCAGUUUACGGCAGCAGAGAGGCUGCAGGGGGAGAAACAGGCUGUUAAAGUUAUAAGACGGGCAGGUGAGGUCACUGAGAUGAACAUCAGAAAUGAAGAGAUGAAUAAAACCUUACAGGCUGACGGAGACGGAGAAAAAGGUUCAAGUAAUAAACGGGGAGAUGGAGUUCUGAGCCUCAGUGUGAGCUGGUCCUCAGACACCGGCAGAUGUGUGGAUGCCUCCCCGGUGCUUCUGGUCCAUGAAGGAACAGAUCAGAGGUCAGGUGUGCCCCAAACAGCAGUGUUCAUUGGCUCACAUUCUCACAGGGUCCAGGCUUUAGACUUGAACACCGGGAGCCUUCUGUGGGAGCGAGUCCUCGGGGACAGAAUCGAGGCGUCUGCCGCUGUGUCUCGCUGCGGGACUCUGGUGGUUAUAGGUUGCUACGAUGGCUGUGUGUAUUUCUUGUGUGCUGCCUCUGGAAAGACACGGUGGAUAUUUGAGACAGGAGACGCUGUGAAGAGCUGUCCUGCUGUGGAUCCCCACGCAGAUCUGGUGAUAGUGGGAUCUCAUGAUGGACAUGUUUACGCCCUGAACCCAAAGAUUCAACAGUGUGUUUGGAAGCGUCACUGUGGUGGGGGGGCUGUGUUUUCCUCUCCCUACCUCCACCCCUCCCUCAGACAGCUGUAUGUGGCAUCACUGGGAGGUCACCUGCUCUGUCUCAACCCCGACAGUGGAGAGGUCCUGUGGUCUGACUCCAGGGACGUCCCGUUCUUCUCUUCACCAAACGGCUCCUCUGGUCUUGUUGCUAUCGGCUCGGUGGAUGGAAACAUCUGCUGCUUCAGCAACACGGGGAAACUGGUGUGGCAGUUUUUAACGAAGGGACCCGUAUUCUCCUCUCCCUGUGUCACACCAGACCAGCAGAGGCUCCUGUGUGGAUCGCAUGACGGUCACCUGUACUGUUUAAACUGUGCCGACGGCUCUUUGCUUUGGACUUUCCAGACAUCGGGCAAAGUGUACUCCACUCCGUGUGUGUUUGACGGCUCCCCUGUGGGCAGGAGGGGGCUCCUGGUGGGCCUGGCCUCUACGGAUGGCACAGUCUGGAUCCUGGAUGGUCAAAAUGGACAAAUGCUAGCGUCACACACUCUACCUGGGGAGCUGUUUUCCUCCCCAGUGGUGUAUGAACAGUCUCUUGUGGUCGGGUGCCGCAAUGACUAUGUGUACUGUUUAAAGCUGACUGUCAAAGAGGAAGCAGCGAAGGAUUAAAUGUAUUUUUGGACUUUUUUUAUAAUAAACACUGAUGU